UCACCAGGCAGCGCGAUGGACGCCGUGCCGACGUCAUCACGAGUCGCGGGGUCUUUCCUUGGCCGUCUUGUUUGGCGUGUGUCCCCCGGUCGGUUGACCCGUCUUCCACCCUCGUCCGCCCUCAUGUCCCGCUGUCUUGCUCUGGCUCGGUUCGCCCUUGGUUCCUAUCAGAGGACCAGCUCACGGCUAACGCCAUGUGCACGAGGGCUGAGCAGCAGAACUGUCUCGCGCUCCUUGACUGCAGGCUCGCAGGUUGGACAGCAGCAGAGGUGGAGCAAUCGGCCCAGUGUGUGGGGCGCUCAGCGGCCCUGCCUCAGCUUCUGCCAGCAGUCUUACUACAGCACCCAGGAGGCUGAGAAGGAGCCAGAGGAGGAGCCUCUGCAUACCAUCAUCAGUGACACAGAGUCUGUGCAAGGUAGCUUCUCCAAACAUGAAUUUCAGGCUGAAACAAAAAAGCUGCUGGACAUUGUAGCUAGGUCCCUGUACUCAGAGAAGGAGGUGUUCAUCAGGGAGCUGAUCUCUAAUGGUAGUGAUGCUUUGGAAAAACUGCGUCACAAGCUAAUCACAGCAGGAGGUGAAACCGCUCCCAUGGAGAUCCACCUGCAGACUGACGCUUCCAAGGGCACCUUCACCAUCCAGGACACUGGUGUGGGAAUGAACCAAGAGGAGCUGGUGGCUAACCUGGGGACCAUCGCCCGCUCCGGUUCAAAGGCAUUUCUGGACGCUCUGCAGAACCAGGCAGAGGCCAGCAGCACCAUCAUUGGUCAGUUCGGGGUUGGAUUCUACUCUGCCUUCAUGGUGGCCGACCGUGUUGACGUCUACUCUCGCUCUGCUGAGCACGAUGCACCCGGAUACAAGUGGUCCUCAGACGGCUCUGGAGUUUUUGAGAUCGCCGAAGCCAGUGGGGUUCAACAGGGAACGAAGAUCGUGCUGCACCUUAAGGAUGACUGCAAGGAGUUCUCCUCUGAGGACAGAGUCAAAGAUGUUGUAACAAAGUACAGCAACUUUGUGAGCUUCCCCAUCUUCCUGAAUGGACGGAGGCUCAACACUCUGCAGGCCUUGUGGAUGAUGGAGCCUAAAGAAAUUAGUGACUGGCAGCAUGAGGAAUUCUACCGCUACGUCGCCCAGGCCUACGACAAGCCCCGCUACACGCUGCACUACCGCGCUGAUGCCCCACUCAACAUCCGAAGCAUCUUCUACGUCCCUGAUGCGAAGCCAACCAUGUUUGACGUGAGCAGGGAGAUGGGCUCCAGCGUGGCUCUGUACAGCAGGAAGGUCCUGAUCCAGACCAAAGCGGCUGACAUCCUGCCCAAGUGGCUGCGCUUCCUCAGAGGUGUGGUGGACAGUGAGGACAUCCCUCUGAAUCUGAGCAGAGAACUGCUGCAGGAGAGCGCCCUCAUCAGGAAGCUUCGUGACGUUUUGCAGCAGAGGAUCAUCCGCUUCCUGCUGGACCAGAGCAAGAAGGAACCAGAGAAAUACAACAAGUUCUUCGAGGACUACGGCCUCUUCAUGAGGGAGGGCAUCGUCACCACCCAGGAACAAGACGUCAAGGAGGAUAUCGCAAAGCUGUUGAGGUUUGAGUCGUCUGCUCUGCCAGCGGGCCAGCAGACCAACCUGAUGGAGUACGCCUCUCGAAUGAAGGCUGGCACACGCAACAUCUACUACCUGUGCGCCCCCAACCGCCAUCUUGCAGAACACUCCCCUUACUAUGAGGCCAUGAAACAGAAAGACAUGGAGGUGCUGUUCUGCUACGAGCAGUUCGAUGAGCUGACCCUGCUCCACCUCAGGGAGUUUGACAAGAAGAAGCUGAUCUCGGUGGAGACUGACAUCGUGGUAGAUCACUACAAGGAGGAGAAGUUUGAGGACAGCAAACCAGCCUCUGAGCGUCUGACACAGGAGCAGGCUGAUGACCUCAUAGCCUGGAUGAAGAACUCUCUGGGUCCUCGAGUCACCAACAUAAAGCUCACUCCACGUCUGGACACCCACCCAGCUAUGAUCACCGUGCUGGAAAUGGGUGCUGCCCGCCAUUUCCUCCGCACCCAGCAGUUGGCCCGCACCGCUGAGGAGAGAGCUCAGAUACUGCAGCCCACACUGGAGCUCAACGCAGGACAUGAUCUGAUCAAGAAGCUGCACGCACUGAAAGACACAAACUCUGAACUGGCUGGACUGCUGCUGGAACAGAUCUAUGACAACGCCAUGAUCGCAGCAGGCCUGAAUGAUGAUCCCCGACCAAUGAUUUCCCGCCUCAACGAUCUGCUGACUAAAGCUCUGGAGAAGCACUGAGAGCUAUGUGCAGACAUGAACAGUGUAGACUGACUUGGCUUUGAUGACAAGCAUUUACAGCAGCUGAAAGGCCUGGAAAGCUGGAGAACUGAAAAUUCUAAGGAGCACUACAAGCCUCAUCUGAAGCCGUAAUAUCACAUCUCUUUCCCCUAUGGUGUACUUCAUUCCCCCCUGUGGAGAACACAUAAAGGCUGGAGAAAGAUGAACUGCUAGCACCAUCCCACAGACCUUUUUCCUUAAACAUUUCUACGUUGUCGCGCUCUUUGCUCAGCACUGUUUCAUUAGGCGCUUCAGAUUUUGGUCAUAUAAUUUAAAGGACUGCUAUAAUACAGGCUUGUCAUGAAGGUUAUGGUUACAACGGUCUUUUCAGUGUAACUCUCACACAUGCAUCUUCAUGCAUUGCCGUCUAAAAACAGGAUUUUUCCGACAUCGCCAUCUUGUUUUCGAGACCCAAGAAUAACUAAAAUAACUGAUCAGGCUCAGUGACAUCAGCGUCCUGAACCAGCUACAAACAAAGCACAGAUGAGGAUGAGUCCAAAAGAGUGGAUGUGAAACAGUCUGAUUUCUUGAAUCACAUUUUAAGAUCCUGUUGAAAUGCCAUGUGUAAUAACAGCUAAUGAGCAUUGGUCUUAAGUGUUUGUUGGAGCAGUGGCAGGAAACAGAUCAGUUUGUCUAGAAAUGCAAGAUGUACCUCUGACUGCUGAAUAGAGCUGUUACCCUUUGUUUUCAAUACCUUAAAUGUGGCAAAAAAAUGCAGUCCACUGCAAAUGUGACUUGUCAACUGCCAGUGGUCAAAUGUGGAUUUGUGACAGGUUUCAUUUGUAUUAAAGUACCUAGUAUAAGUGAA